UUAUGGUGACACAGAGCUUGUUCUGUUCCUGACCAGGCUUCAUGUUUGCAAGGCAAAUGUCCUUGUUUUGAUAAAGCAUACAAAUGGAAAUUUCCUCGAUGGUAGAGGAUGCCGCAAAUGACUCUUUCUGCAUUUGUACGUUCCUGUUAAUCAGAUCCAAAAUACAAAAUCCAUCAUGGGGUGGAAAAGGCUGUUGGUCCUAGCCGUCAUAGCUUUCAUGAUAUUGUGCCGAUGCAGUAACAAAGCUGCCGAUACGUGUCAGUAUAAUGAGGACCUGAAUAACGCCUGGCCAUACAGUCUUGAUAAUCUAACCCUGAACAACUGUAACUCAAACAAGACAGUUGUGAUAGUUGGUGAAAAUUACACAGGAAUACUGAGGAGAACUCCAUUCUCACAGCAAUCACAGUGCUGGUGUAAGUUACAAGUAAGCAAUUCUAAUGGAGGAUCGUGGACGGACACCAACCAGUGUAGUGAAGGUACCCAAGGCUGUGCAAAUCUCUCUGUUCUGUCAUAUCAACCUAAUGGAAAUGAAAGUGAAGCUGAUUUUUGGGUGUGGCAAGAUGGUCAGUCAUACCGAGUAUACCUGCAGAAGUCUUUGUUGAGCCUACUGAAUCUUUCACUGAUUCUUUUACCAGGUACUUCAAAAGGAAACCAAUCCUGUAAUAUAACUCUAAACACUAGAAAAACAUGUAUGUCUGCAAAGUUUGUUGCAGAUAUUUGCCGAAGCGAAAACAAGAGAUUUGUUAUUAACAUCACAAUAGGAAGCACUAAUUGUUCCCAAAAUAUUACAUGUGCAAAAUGUCAAAUUGUAGAAUAUCCCGAAAUGAACUUUACACUUCCUGAAGUGGGAAACACGACAUCAGGAAUAAGUGCAGCUGUUGCUGUGCAGGUUAUGGAAAACCUCACGCAACUGUUGACCUUGAUGGGAAGUAAAUCAUCUGCAUCUAUCACAAUGGGAGAAGCCAAAGGCAUUCUGGUGAAAACAGAAGAUAACACUCUUUCAGGAUCUUCCUUUGUAAUCUCUGAUUCCGUAAUGAUAUCUGAUGAUGAAGAAGCAAUGCAAAAAUACUCGAGAAGUGUUUUUGUCCCUCAGGAAGCUUUAAACAAAGCAAUAUCGGUAAACCAAAACAGGACUUUUCUGGGAGUAUUUCUGUUUCCAAAUAUGACUAAGGAUGCAAAAAAUACCAGUGUUUUAAACAAUGAGGUCAUUGCAAUUGAUAUGGGAACUGGGAUUUCUAAUCUCACAACUUGCAUAAAUAUUACAUACAGAAACGUCACAAAGGAUGGUUUCAAGGUGAUUUGCAGUGCAUGGAACGGUGAAGGUAACUACCCCAACUGGAUGAGUCAGGGAUGCAACACUUCGGAAGACAAUAACACUAUCACAUGCCAGUGUAACCACCUGACCUUCUUUGCAAUUCUUAUGGUUGAUCCUAACGUGAACAUCAGCAGCGCCAAUCUGGAAUCUCUAACAUACAUCUCCUACAUUGGCUGCGGCUUGUCGAUGUUCUUUCUGGGUAUUGCUCUGUUCACACACUUCAUUUUAAGGAAAGCUAAAUCCAAUUCAGCGUCCAAAAUCCUCAUAAACCUUUUUGUCGCCAUGUUUCUGCUGGACCUCACCUUCCUUUCCAAUGAAUGGAUCACCUCUUUAGGCAAUCCGAUAGGCUGUAAGAUCAUGGGGGCAGUCAUGCACUACUCAUUGCUCUCUACCUUCAACUGCUUCGCCAUUGAAGCCUUACACCUCUGCUUGCACCUCGUUGGUGCUUUGAAAUUGGACACCAGUCAUUAUGUGCUCAGAAUGUGCAUUGUCGGGUGGGCACUUCCUGCUGUGGUCGUCAUAAUCCUCUUGUGCCUUGGAAAGUAUGGACAACAAACUACCAACUUUGGUCAAAGUAGUAACGUAACAAUGUGCUGGAUAACGGACAUCUUAGUCCAUUAUAUUGUGAACAUUGGCUAUUAUGCGUUAGUGUUUCUGUUCACCUUCACCAUCUUCAUCAUCAUUGUGAGAAGGCUUGUGUAUUUCAUGGGCAAAACAGCAGGCACUUCCAAGGCAGGCACGGGAAGAGCUGAUAUAUUAACUGUAAUGGGACUGUGCUGCCUGCUGGGAGUCACCUGGGGCUUUGCCUUCCUCAGCUACGGGCCCCUCACAAUACCAGCACUCUACAUAUUCACCAUCCUGAACUCAUUUCAAGGUUUCUUUCUGUUCAUUUACUACAUAAAAUCAAACAAAGCGACUGAUGGAGAAGAAAGUGAAAGCUGUUCAAGCAAACAAUCAGCCACACUCCACAGCAUGGUAGGACACAACAACCCUUAUGCAGAGCAAGACCGAGGACCCAAACACAACCAGUGACUGAGGGGGGGGUCUCAUUGCUCAUUUAAAGUCCUUUCAUUAUACUGUUACAUCUACAUCUUUAAAAGCACAAGUAUUUAUUUCAUGGCUUUAACUUAGUUCGAAAUUCGUUUGAAUGUACAUUCCCCUUACAUGAAUCAGGGGGAAAAAAUCUACACAUGCAACAUUAACGCUUAGUAAACCUCUAAGGCCACCAUUUUAAACUGCCGUAUUGGCACUCCCAACAAUCCAAAGAUAUAUAUAAACACACACUGCAGGACUUCAUAGUGCGCAGAUGUCACUUGAAUAUAUGAGUAAAAAUGCCGUGUGUGUGAACGUGAAAAAAGAUUUAGGCGCACUGGUGCGAGUGACUUCUGACAUCGCCUAAGAAAAACUGGAACCACACGAGGCGCUCUCAAUGAGUGAGCCACACUUCACACACAAAGCCAUAUUUAAAUAUAUUUACAUGCUAGUUGCGUAUCACGCUACAAUUGGCUGCUUCAGAAUGUGCUAAUCUAUAUAUAUAUAUAUACACUUGAAUUGCUAUUGUAGAUGGGGAUGGGCGGGUUUAUUUCGAAAAGACAUAAAAAGUGACAGAUAAUGCUUUCUCAUAUUCAUAUAAUUGUCCGAAUAAGAACGCAGAGUAACAAGCUGCUUCAGCCGAAAACAAUGCAUUUUGCAGUUAAUAAAACACAGAGUUGCCAACUUUCGUCAGCUGGCUGGAAUGAGAUUUUCAAUUCCAGACAAAUCCGCACACACAUGUACACGCCUGAAACAGUUUUAUUACCUUGUAAAUAGUCUGUAUGGUUUGCAAACAUUACCAACGCUUCUGAUGUCGCUAAUUUUAGAUUUAUGAUAGAAUAAUAUAUAUGUGCCGUAAGAUUUCUGAGGUCUGUGAGGCGUACGAGGUUUUUCUUUUGUUGAUUUGUAUAAAAGAAUAUUACUUAAUAGUUGUUCAGAAACAUAAACUUGACAUAAACAUAAAAAAACAUAAAAAUGAAAUCACCAGUAAACCCUGUCUACUUAUCCAACAUUUUAUAAAAAAAAAUAAAUAAAAUUUGGUUGAGGGUGUUUGAUUCGCUGAUGUUAACACUAAUGGUAUAUUAUAGAAACCAAAAGGGCUGUUAGCGAAUGUAUAUUACUUUUUAAUUUGCCACCAUGUAUGUAUGUAACUAGGUUAUUUUUGUUUGCUGUGGACAAUUACACAAAAUCCUUUUAAUACUUGUUAAUUUCCUGUUAGGACACAGCGUCAGAUUGUGUUUAUAGAAAAGUCAAAUGCGCAGAUAAACCGGUUACACACACCUUAUGUACAAAGCUUGGCCAAGCCACUUGGAUUUAAUUACAGCAUGAAUUGUAAUGCGAAAUAUGAUAAAGCAUCAAUGAAAUCCAAAAUACGAAAUUAAAAAGCUAGUUUCUUGUU